CAGGCGCAAGGCCACGUCCGUGACGUCAGCGGCGCGCCGUUUCUCUGCCGCGGCCGGGACGCCGUUCGCCGCCUAGUACGCAUGCGCAGGCCGCUCCCUGGCGUCUUCCGGCUCGAGCCCUGAGUUGUGCUUCCGGUGCAGAGGUCACGGACAAGAUGGUUCCGCCGGUGCAGGUCUCUCCGCUCAUCAAGCUUGGCCGCUACUCCGCCCUGUUCCUCGGCGUGGCUUAUGGAGCCAAGCGCUACAGCUACCUGAAGCCCAGGGCAGAGGAGGAGCGGAGGGUGGCGGCGGAGGAGAAGAAGCAGCAGGAUGAGCUGAAGCGGAGAGAGAGAGAGCUGGCAGAAGCCCGCGACGACAGCAUACUCAAGUGAGCCCACCUGCCCCUUCGCCCGUCGCCUCGCCUGUCGCUUCCGCCGAAUAAAGCUCCGUGUUGCCAGAUGCCUGGCUCUCCUC